AUACACGUGCGUUUAGUGAAUCCGCCAUUUCCAAAGAAAGAACAGAGGAAAUACUCCAUCUUUCUUGCAUUCCAUUUUUUCUUCUCUCUUUCUCCUCUUUUUUUUUUCUUCCCCAAUUAAUCUGUAAUUUUUAAUGGAUUUCGAAGCAACUUAUGAAAAUGAUCGAACUGCAGAUUAUAUUCAUACCCAUAAAUUCACUAGAGUUGCACUUCAGUUCCCUGAUGAGUUGCUGAAGGAUUCGAUCAAAGUUGUGAGAGUUCUUCGAGAAAAGCUUCGAGCACUCCGAAAAUGUGAUGAUGAUGGAGGUGAAAGCCUUGUUGAGAGGAAAGAUGUUGGUUUGUAUGUUAUGGCUGAUACAACUUAUGGGAGUUGUUGUGUUGAUGAAGUUGGUGCGGCUCAUAUCAAUGCGGAAUGUGUUGUACAUUAUGGACAUACUUGUUUUAGCCCAACAUCAACUCUUCCAGCAUUUUUUGUAUUUGGCAAGGCCUCUAUAAAUGUCGCAGACUGCGCACAGAAGAUUGGCACUUUUGCUUUGGGUUGCAACAAACCUGUUCUGGUUCUCUUGGGACUAGAAUACACACAUACACUGCAUGAUCUGAAGGAGGCACUGACAGACGAAGCACUAAAAUUGUCAACACCUUCAUGCAAGUUAGAUAUUACUUGCGCUAACGUCCUAUCAUCGGCUGUUGCUCCACCUAAAGGGCAGAUGACAUUUAAUGGACAACCUGAAGCUGUCAAUGACCUUUCUGAUUGCCACAAAGCUGGUGAUGCUGAAGUUCAUACAUCUUACAACAUUGGUGGUCUUACUUGGAGUUUGUCACAUGGUCAACAAAUAGAGGAUUAUUUGAUUUUUUGGAUUGGACCUGAAAAUUCAGCAUUUUCAAAUGCAGUGCUCACUUUCAAUGCUUGUGAAAUUGUGAGGUAUGAUCCUGAAGAGAAGUGCCUAAUAACAAAUAUAUCACAAAUGACAAGGAUUCUUAAACGUAGAUACUACUUGGUGGAGAAGGCGAAGGAUGCUAAUAUGGUUGGAAUAGUGGUUGGGACUCUUGGUGUAGCUGGUUAUCUUCACAUGAUUCAUCAGAUGAAAGAUUUGGUGACAAAAGCGGGGAAGAAGGCCUAUACGAUUGUUGUAGGGAGACCAAACCCAGCAAAGCUUGCCAACUUCCCUGAGUGUGAUGUUUUUGUUUAUGUUUCUUGUGCACAAACUGCACUUUUGGAUAGCAAAGAGUUCCUAGCUCCGAUCAUCACUCCAUUUGAGGCCAUGCUUGCUUUCAACAGAGGGAGUCAGUGGACUGGGGCAUAUACGAUGGAGUUCAGGGAUUUGAUGAAUAUGCCGUCAUUUGGGAUGGAAGAUGGCACAGAUGAACCACGGUAUUCGCUCAUCCAAGGUGGAUAUGUCGGAGAAAUUGAUCAUGAAGAGAAUGCAGAAAACAGUGAGGAAGGCUUUGCAUUGGCUGUGGCAACAGAGAAGGUUCUCCGACUAUGGAACGAAGAUGCCUAUUCCCUUGCCAAGAUUGCUCCGAAAUCUGGGGCGGAAUUUUUGGCAACGCGAUCAUACCAAGGUCUAGAUAUACACCACGAUGGCUCGGCCCCAAAGCCCGUAUUGAUUGGUAAAGCAGGGAGAGCAGCAGGUUAUGAACACGAGGAGAGCCAAAAACACUGACGCUUCGAGAUUUUAUGAACAUAGUGAUAUCCUACUUCAUUUGAUAUUUUGGCCACAAAGUUGUUGAAUUCUUUUGAUUUAGCAUGUAAUUUAGUUGUCACUAGAAAGAUAAAAGUUAUACCUUAUUUAAACCACAACAAUGUAGAUGAUGAUUUCUUCAGGAAAGGAAAUUUUGUUUUCAA